GGAGCCGCCGGCACCAUAGAGAGGGGCGGCUAGAGGGGCCGGCCUGCCUGCCGCGCCGGGACUGUCUGGGCCGGAGGCGGGUGACGGCGCGGGGGAACGGUGGUGGCGUUGCCAUGGCGACCUGGAGGCUGCUGCUGCGCGCGGGGCCGCGGCUGCUGCGGGAGCGGCGGGGCCGGGUAUCACAUUGCUUGACCAGAAGAACAUUUUUUGGAUAUCCCCUAACUAAAGCAGGUUCUGGUCUGGUCCAACAAACUAAAGAAGUUUGUUUGAGGUUCUGCAGACCACGAAGUUCUACAACAGCUGCUGACGCAUCUGGAGAGGACAUCUUACUCAAAUGGGGCCUUUUCCUGGUCCCUCUGACCACGUUCUGUCUUGGCACGUGGCAGGUUCAGCGACGGAAGUGGAAACUAGAUUUGAUUGCACAACUGGCAUCAAGAAUUACAUCAGAGCCCAUCCCUCUGACAUUAGACCCCAUGGAAUUGAAGGAAUUGGAGUACAGGCCUGUAACGGUCCGAGGGCACUUUGACCACUCCAAGGAGCUCUAUAUUUUGCCACGGUCACUUGUGGACCCUGAGCGAGAAGCCAGAGAAGCCGGGCGGCUGACAUCCCACCCGGAAAAUGGAGCAAACGUCGUUACUCCUUUCUACUGCACAGAACUAGGGGUCACGAUCUUAGUCAACCGAGGAUUUGUGCCCAAAAAGAAACUGAAACCGGAGACCAGGCUGAAGGGACAGAUUGAAGGUGAAAUUGAUCUCACUGGGGUGGUGAGGUUAUCAGAAACCCGGAAACCUUUUGUGCCUGAAAAUAACAUUGAGAAAAACCGCUGGCACUACCGUGACCUGGGGGCUAUGGCAAAGGUGACCGGCGCUGAGCCCAUCUUUAUCGAUGCAGAUUUCAGAAGCACAGUCCCAGGGGGGCCCAUCGGAGGCCAGACGAGAGUGAGCCUGAGAAACGAGCACAUGCAGUACAUCGUCACCUGGUAUGGCUUAUGUGCUGCAACUUCAUUCUUGUGGUACAGAAAAUUUAUACAGAAGAUACCUCUGUGAGGGGAAGGGCUAAUCUCUUCUGUACUGCAGUCGAGCACUUCGCUGUCUUCUGUAAGUCUGAUGAGCCUGAGUAACUGAAGCACCCAGAGUUUCAGGUGUCAAGCUGCAAAUAGACUUUAAGCAACUGAUGCAGACUCUGAGCUCCUACUGGUGUGAUUUUGGCUGCAGCUUGGAAGCACUGAACUUCAAAGUUUUAAGCAGCUGUUGAGACUACUGCCUAAGUCAGCUUCACUAGAAAUCUCAAGGAUGCAUUUUUCUAUUGUGCUUGGUUUGUAAGCUACAAAAGUUUUAAUUUCUCCACUGCUGUAUUCUCCAAAAAAUGGCAAGGAAUUUUGUGAAUCAGAUUCUUUACACUGAGCAGUCAUUCCUGAAGUCAGGAGCAAUUCACAGCAGUUGCAUCAGAAUAAAGAGGGCCUGUAGGUGCUUGCCUUGUGACUUGCAUUGUGCAUCUUACAUCUUAAUAGUGACAGACUCAAAUUCAAGGUUACUGUGGAUACUCGAGUCUAGCCGGGCAGGGCAGCCCAUGGCUUUGCAAGAGCACGAUGAGGGCAGCAGCCACCUCAGCUGGAGCCUUACAAAGCUCAGCAGCCUCCCACAGUGCCACAAGACCAAGUCAGCAGUCAGGAAACAGAAGCACAAGUUCUAGAUUCUUCCCUCACAUCACUGACCAUUAGACCUCCUCCUCCGAGGUCCCCAGCUGGUCAGUCUGGCAAAAUGUUGUAACACCCU